UCUCAAGCAGAGGUUACUGUGCGCGUUCAGCCUGUUUAUUCUUGAUAGCGCUCAAGCCAUCCUGACAGGCAGUCAUGUCUUCCGACACGGAGCAGCCGUUACCUUGGCCCUCGUAUCGCGAAUAUUUUUCUGUUCUGACAACGACUGCGACAAACAUCACAGUGCUGUGCAACAUUUGCAGUAAACAGUACUCAGCAAGCAGGACGUCUUCGUCCAACCUGCGCAAGCAUCUAGAGAAGAAACAUCCUGUCGCUCUGAAGGAAUUCGACUCUAAGAAAAGGAAAGCCGAACCUGGUCAGCCCUCGAAUGAGAAAAGACAUGCGGGUGGCGGCUCGACACAGACACUGGAGUUCUGUCUUGCAGGAACGAGUCGACACAAAGCUGUGCCGCAAAGUCAGAUAGACAGGCUAAUUGUAAACUUUGUGGUAGGCGACAUGCAGUGCUUUUCAGUCGUUGAAAAUGAACACUUCCGGCGCUUGAUCAUCGGAAUGCAGCCAUCGGCAACAGUGAUGAACCGAAAGUCUUUUGUGAAUCAUCUGGACAUCCUCUACCGAGAACAAAAAGCGUCCCUCAUCGCUACCCUUGAGAAGGCGACGAGGGUCUGCUGCACAGCAGACUGCUGGACAGCCUCAAACAGGAGCUUUCUCGGAGUGACAGUUCACUUCCUGGAUGAGGAAUCCCUGGAAAGGAAAUCCGCAGCGCUGACCUGCCAUCGGCUU